AUAGUCGCGGGGGCUACAUGUAGUCUGGAGUUCAAUUUCUAAGACACAAAAAACACCUUGAUCAUGGCAAUGGAACCGCGGUUCACUAUUAGAGAUGCCCCUUCUGUAUCAACACAUCAAAUCAUUGAGGAAUCAUUGAUGGCCAUGCAUAAUGGACCACCUCCGUUCCAGUGGAUUAAAAAUGAUGGCAGCUCCCUAAUGGGAUGUUAUGCUCCCUUAAGCUAUUCUCCCUCCGUCGUCCGAGGUUUUUUUGAAGUCGCUAGGGCUGUCUACGGUUCCGUAAAGCCUCGUAACCGAGAACUUGCUAUCCUGGGCUUGUUAUCUAUUCUCGAUGCACCUUAUGUUGUCUACUGCCAUCGCAGUGUUGCGAGCAAGGUUGGGAUCACAGAUGAGCAGUAUGAGCAUGGCUUGGGCGGGAAUGUGCCCAAUGGCCUGAACGAGGAAGAGGCCAUGGCAUAUAGCCUUGGACGCAUCCUAACAACACUUACCGGUCUAUUGAAUGAAUCAGAUUGGCGGAAGGUGAUUUCAAAGUUGGACAAAGACCAGGUUGUGGGUAUCAUACAUACGAUCGGUGGAUAUCGCUGGGUUGCGCUUUUGGAGCAAGUAAACGGGGAGGAUAGACGUUGGUCUUGAUACGUUACUUUUGUAUAGAAGCACAUUGACUUUGCCAACCUCUUCUUCCCUUUAAUGAACUGUAUCGCUACAUAUGAGGACAC